AGAAUCGUGGCCGUGAUGGCGGCGAUGCUGGAGGAGACCGUGAACGCGACUGAGGCCUACUUCAAGUGCGCGUCGCUUCCCACCUUCUGCGGUCCUCGCCCGCUCAUCACGCCUGCAGCCUACGUAGACAGGAUCAUGAGGUACAGCGGGGCGAGCCCUUGCUGUCUGGUGAUAGGAGCGAUCUACCUGGAGCGACUGAAGCAGCGGGAUCCGCAGGUGUACCUGACCCUGGACAACUACCAGCGCUUGUUUCUGCUGGCGGUGAUGACGGCAUCCAAGUUUCUCGACGACUACUAUGUCUCCAACAAGCGCUGGGCAGCCAUCGGAGGCAUCUCACUGCGGGAGAUCAACCAGCUGGAGCUGGAGUUUCUGUACCGGCUGAGCUUCACGCUCUACGUGAAGAGGAGCGAGUACGACUGGUAUGCGGAGGAGCUG